GGAGGGAGGGAGAAAGGGGAGCUGAUUAAAUUUGAGAUGUCUGUAAGCUCUAGCAUGCACCUGCAGGGAGAGAGGGGGGUGGAGAAGGGGAAGGACAAGCAAUGUAACACAGGGAAAAAGUUGAUUGGACAAAACCCUACAGUGUUAUGACAGGGAGGCAGAGGGAGAGCGGCUAGCAGCGGAUAUAAACAAUAAAGGUUAAUUGGGCAGGUGAGCAGGUGGAGGAACUCGAGAAGGAGGUGGUUGGCUGCGAGAAAAUUUGAUCCUCAGUCAGGUUUGAAACUCAAGCGUACCUCUGCGCAUCCACCCUGGUGUAUAUAUAAGACUGACACAGCUGUCAGCGGCCACCACAAAGCCUUAUCUGCUGCUGCUGCUGCUGCUGCUGCUGCUGUGGACCUGGACAGAGAGGAAACCGAGCCAACAGCGAACCAACAUGUCGCUCACCUCCAUCCUUUCAGCUGAGGCCAUUGAAAAUGCUGUCAAGGACUGUCAAGCUCCAGACUCAUUCUGCUACAAGAAGUUUUUCCAGCUGUGUGGCCUGUCCUCAAAGACGCCCAAGGAGAUCAAAGAUGUCUUCCAGAUCCUCGACGAGGACAACAGCGGCUACAUCGAGGAGUCUGAGCUCAAGUACUUCCUGCAACGGUUCGUCCCUGGGGCGCGGACACUGACCGAGGCAGAAACCAAGAGCUUCAUUUCAGCAGCUGAUGAUGACAGUGAUGGCAGAAUUGGAGCAGAGGAAUUCCAGACGAUGGUCCUGUCCUGAGUUUUGCAGAUAAAAAAAGUCUUCGGGUCUUCAGUCACCUUCCCACCUCUGGAGUCACAUGAUCCCAGCCUCUAUUCCCAAGGACUUCUUUUCUUUUCUACUAAAGUCUGUGUGAGUUUUUAAAUGACCUUUUGUCCAUUUAAAGACAACAGAGUUUUUCUUUCCUCUGUGUUGGUCCGUGUUUUCUUGUCUGUACACAUCCCACCUCUGACAACGAAUGAGAUGAAUAAACAUAUGGAAACAUA